AUGCGCACUCUCCGAGACUUUUUUAUCCGAGUACCUGAACCAAGCCAGCCCAUACGAGAGACUCGUUAUGCGGCCCAGACGUUGGACGAAGUUCCGGCUUCGUCUCCGCUCUCAGAGCCCCCACGGUCAUCUAUAACGGUGGAUCUCACCCAGGAUGACAAUGAAAAAGUCGAGGAGGACGUUCCCGCAGUCACUCAAAAAAAUAUACCACCACCGCGAUUAGCCAGCGACAACAGAUCAGAACCGUCUGCGCCAAACCAGAGCUUCUUGAGCACCGACUCAAUCCCGCUGCCCCCAUCACUAAAUAGCAGCUUUAACCCAUCGCAACGCAUCCUCAAAGAUGGAAAGGAGGUGGUCAUCAGUUCUGAUUGCGACGACACCGAUUCUAUAUCCUCUUUGGAGGACCCAGACGUGCUGUUCGCUCCGAAGAACAAACCCAAGAAUACUGGUCCUCCCCCGUCAAAGAAAUACGAACCGAACAAGGCUCUGCUUGCUCGAGGCUCUGCGCCAAAGAAGCACAAGUACACCAUCGACUCUUUGGUGCACGAUGCAGUGGACGAUGACGAGAUUGAGGCUAAUGUCGCAAAGGCCAAGGCAACAUUGCAGUCACAGCAGAGUAGAGCUCAGGGUGGUCCUAGGGAACCAAAGAAAGGAAUGAAUGAGGACAUGCUGGUACACGCUUUGGGUGGUGAUUCUGACGAAGGACCGGGUCUUCAGCGUCUCAUAGACGCUGUCCGAAGAACAGAAGCCCUCGAGCAGAAUCGCAUCUGGCGGUUCUUCGACCAGGGCCAGUUGACACCCGCCACGCCGAAUUUCCCAAGUAGCAUGUUUCCACCGGGAUCACCUCUGGCAGGACUGAGAGACCCUGACUCGCGUGUCCGGAUCUUUCAGUCCGGCACCUUGGAGUAUGCUGCGACGAUGCAGAGUUUACCAGACGAGUUCCUCUCGUGGCUAAUCCGGUCUAUUCCCCUCGAGCCCCGAGAAGAGUUGAGAAAGGCUUAUUGUCGGAUUUUCACGCAAACAGCUCAAGUGCAAGCGGGCCCAUUGGUUCGCGGAGAUGAAAUUGACGGACUCUUUCGUCAACUCGGAGCGAAGCCACGAGCAUUAAGUAUAUGUGGACCUGUUAUUGCAGAUCCUCAUGAACCAUCAUUACAACCGCCACAUGAUAGGGAACGAUCGGCAUUGGUUUCCAUCUUAAAUCUGAUCCGAGACAUUGCGGCAGCAGAGCUGUUUGACGAUGACGCCCAGGCGCACGCCAUUCAUCUACUGCUUCGUAUGUCCAUAGAUACGUCAUUGACUGCGGACUGUGUGAUACGCUCAGAGUUGCAGGGAACUUUGACUUCUCUCUUGGAAUUUGGGCCGAAGCAGAGAAUUGAACACAAAAUCUGCACCACGAUUUAUGAAACUAUCCAAGAUCCACAGUUCCAGAGCCGUCUGUUACAACACAUUCUUCCAACAUCAACAUGGGUGUCUUUGCUCCGAUAUCGCCUUGCCGUUUCAUUUCUACUACAGAACCCAGGUCCACUGACCGAACCUCCCGAGGCAGUCCUUGAUCUGCGGCGUAUCCUUAAGCUCUUGAAGGAUGACGCGCGAUUUCAAUUGAAAAAUUACAAGGGGAACCCCGAAUACGACUACGGUGACCUAGUCGCUCUCACCUUGCAAUUGGAGGUUUGCAUCAACUCGACGCUUUUCGACUUGGAUUAUCGCCAGGCGGACACGGAGGUGAAGUUCAAUGAAGCAAUCGACCAACUCGCUGCGCAGAUCAAAAAAAUGUUCACUUCCAUUGAGGAUACCGGUGCAUCUCAUCUCCAACGCAUGAAGGCGAAGCAGGCGCUGGAGACACUGUACUAUCGGAUGCUAUACUCAGUUCGCUCCAAGGCGCCGCCGAAGAGGACGCUGUUCAAAACCUUUCAUAAGGAAACCAAUCACAGCAUCAAAGACAUGUUCAGGAGGAAUAUUGCCAUGGAGAGCGGAGAUGGGGCAAGUGAUGCUCCCGAUACAGAACCUGUCGACGGCAUGGCAAUGCCCAUUCGAAGACAUAAGGAAUAA